UUCAUCGGGAGUUGUUUGAUCUUCUACGUUCCGCUUCCGAUGACGGCUACGUUUGUCAACUAUUUCAGCGCAAUGCAGACCAAUGGAUCGGUUGAGUUCGUUCUACCGUUGGAAAAUCAGUUCUACUGGUUGGAUAUUCGCAACAACAUCCGUCACUACGUGAUCUAUAUGAGUAUGUUGACCCCGGCUGUUUGUGCCUCGGCUUGUCUUAGCACCGUGAAGGGAACGGUCUUGUUUACAAUCAUCCGAUACGGAGCGACACUUUUUGAACUUGUUUCGUUGAAGAUUCAAGCAUUGGGUGCUUCCUUUAAGGAUGGCUCGGAAGAUGAUAUAAACAAGAGUAACGAACGCCAUCAAGAACUACAGCAGAUCAUUAAACUUCAUCAACGGGCUUUGGAGUACGCUAACCUGCUGGAAAGCACCAUGCAACACAUCCUACUGUCACAAUUUGUCAACUGUAUGCUCAUCUCUUGUCUGAUGAUGUUCUACAUUUCGAGUACCUACGGUCCGAAUGUCGUCAAUAUGGUGAUCUUGUUUGCCGUCCUGAUGGUGGAAGUGUUUGCUUACUGCUUCAGUGGCAACGAACUCAGCGAGAAAGCUGCUUCGGUGGCCAACGUUAUCUACUGCUAUCCGUGGUACCGUGAGCCGGUCCAGAUUCAGAAGCAGAUUCGACUGAUGAUUCAGCGCAGCCAGCGGAAGGUUGGCAUCACUGCCGCCAAAUUCUACUUUGUGGAUAUCGUCCGAUUCGGACAGGUUGUGCAGGCUUCGUACUCGUACUAUCUGAUUCUGAAGGAGAGGUUUUAAGCUG